GUCAGAUAGAGUCGCGACGCGAAAAGAACGCUCGACGAUUUGGACCUCGAGGAUAGUCGGACGCGUCUUGUGGUCUCGAAGUGGUGGUUGGUUUGGUUCUCGAGUGGCUAGGAGAUAGGGACCGCCUUCGACGAAAAACAUCCCCCGUAACACGAAAAAUUACGAAGCAUAUUAUGGCAACAGACUGCAACCCUCCCUCCGUGUAAAGCACAAAUAAAUAAUGAGCAGAUUAUGUCCUCUAAGAGAAAAAAGUGACGAUCAUCCCCACUGCCGGAAGUGAGAUGAAAAACCUAAUUAGAAAAACAUAUUGCUGACUGGCGGGGGUAAAAAGCGUAGCGAAAAGAGUGGAAAACUCUGACGCGCACUUUUCCGACUGUGCGGUCGCCCACCGCAGGCGUGAUUUUUCAUCAUAUUUUCGCGUUUUCGCUACUAAUAACUCGCACGCUCAAGACCUCCGAUCAUGCCGGAACGAGUACGCGUCUAGCUGCGUGUGACGGCCUUUAUGUUCUGUACCGGCGACCACUUGCACUGUUGACGCGACUAUAAUGCAUCUCUCGAGUGAGGUGACCUCUACCACGGGACACUACGACCGCAACUACGGCAACCUGACGGCUGACAUGCUGGCCGAGCGGACUAUAGACGGCCUAUUGGCUGAACACCCUGGGGAACUUGUGCGUACCGGUUGUCCGCAUGUGGUUUGUACGGUUCUGCCGCCGCAUUGGCGGUCGAACAAGACGCUACCGGUUGCGUUCAAGGUUGUGGCGUUAGGGGAGGUAGGUGAUGGGACUGUGGUAACUGUUAGAGCCGGUAAUGACGAGAACUUUUGUGCCGAACUGAGGAACUGUACGGCCGUUAUGAAGAACCAGGUGGCGAAGUUCAACGAUUUGAGGUUCGUCGGGAGGAGUGGUAGAGGAAAAAGCUUCACGUUGACCAUCAUAUUUUCUACGUCACCACCUCAAGUAGCAACCCUUAGCAAGGCGAUAAAAGUGACUGUGGAUGGACCUAGAGAGCCUCGUUCGAAGAUGAGACAACAAGGAUUCCACCACUUUCCAUUUGGACCUCGGCCAUUUGCGCCAGACCCCCUUACUGGUAGCCUUCCCUUCAAACUCAACGGAAUUGCCCACCAUUUCGCUGGUCUACCUGGUCAUCCCCCAGAAUGGGCAAUUCUAGCAGGAAGACAUCCAUAUCCUUCAGGACAAUUCAUGCCCCAUCAUCAUCCUCACUUUCCACACCACAUGUUCGCAAACCUUGAUAGACCUAUCAACACAUCACCUAGAAUAGCUAGUGAACCUUCUUCCACCUCCCUUGGCCCCAUAAGCAUAAACUGUAGCAACGCCCACAGCACAACAUCACCGAAAGCUUCUCCAAGUCAAGAAGGUCUCCUCACAACCGCCACAGGCUCUGAAUCACCCAAAGAAGACGACAUAUCAGUAACAGGAUCACCCACACCGUCACCUCAACCAACGCCAAACUACCCUGGUAUGGUACCACCACCAAUGCAGAACAGUCAACUUUUCAAUAACGCCCUAGCAGCUAGUUUAUUCUUGAAUGCUCCUCUAUUACCUCCCCCUAGCCAAUGGUUAUAUUCCCAAUUCUAUCCUCACGAUUGGAGCUGGAUGGGCUUGAGAAAUCCUGCGACAAUUCCUUCCAAGAGUUCACCAAGAGAUGUCGGUCAGUCUCAAAACCCAGACUCAAGUUCAAGUAAUAUCGAUUCGUCUGAAGCUAAUGAAGUGAAGACUAACGAUUCAAAAGGAAAAAGGAAAGCUGAGGACAAGGACGAAAUUGGCGUGAACCUAAGUUCCAGUAAAGCGAAAAAAGGUGCAAUAACUCUGAUUAAGAACAGGGAAGAAGUGACCUCAAGUAACAAGGAUGGGAUGAAGAUAUCGAAAAAUAUGGUUUCCAAGAAUUCGGAUGUCUGGAGGCCAUAUUGACAUUUCAAUGACAUUUCGAAAAUAUGUGAAGUCCAGUGAAAAUGACUUAACGAACAUUACUUCUAAAGAUAUUGAAGUAUUCUUUCCAUAUUUGAGAAAUGUUAAUUUAUCUAUCGCGGGAGAAGUGAAGUUUCGUAAAUUUUAAAUAUAUCAAUGAAGAAAGGCUGAAAUUCAUUUCAUCAUCAGACUGAAAAAAAAAGAAUUGAGAAUUCCUUGUCUUUCCUCGGGAAAUUUUGAGUCAAAACUAUUAUCUGUAAAAAUUUUAACGACCUUUCAAUUCGAUUGGAUACAACCACAACAAUGUUCAAAUCUGUAUACAAAAAAAAAACAGUUAUCGUCUUCAACUGUAAUUCACAAUGAGAACUUUGUUGUUAUCCGUAUCUUGAAACAAGAAAUUUGUACCUUAAUUGAAUCUCUUAUCUUUAAAAUGUCCAUUCAUCUGAAAAACUAAUUAUCUCUUCAGAAAUUCUCUGACUGUCAAAAGAUGCAGCGAAAAAGCUGUAAAAAACAUUUUAUUGAAUGAGAACCUGGAUCAAAAAUAUGUGUGACAAUGUAUGAUAAAUCUGAAACCUGAAUAUUGUAAAUAGUUAAAAUUGAAAUGUUCCACACUGAACAAACCUUGCAUUGAUCUUUAUGUUUAUGUAAAAAUAAUUGUUAAAAUGUUUGAUGAAUCUUCUCCGAAUUAUUUGUUUUGGCAAUAUUCACUGAAUCAUUUGUCUGUAAAUAAACGAAAUAAAUCUUGU